CAGGACUAAAACUGGUGUCAUGUUUGCAGCCUCUCGCUCCGCUCUUCCAUUUAUACGCCGCUUACCGGUACAGCCUAGCAUUCGCUUUUUUGCGGCGCAGAAAGAAAGACCUUUUCGUAUUCUCGGCGUCCAACAGGUUGCUAUCGGGGCCGUGGACAGAGAGCCGCUGCACGCAUUGUGGAAAGGUAUCUUUGGCUUAAAAGCAGAGUCUUCCGUUCGCAUCGAAAGCGAGAAUGUUGAAGAAGAUAUCGUUCAAGUUGGACCAGCGCCCUUUGCGGUCGAAGUUGACUUGAUGACACCGAUUGAUCCUGAGAAGUCGCCAAAGGUUCAUAUUCCUCCUCUAAAUCAUAUUGGCUUAUGGGUAGACCAUUUGCCAAAAGCCGUAGAAUGGAUGACGAGCGAGGGUGUCCGCUUUACACCAGGCGGCAUCCGACGAGGAGCUGCCGGUCACGACGUGGCCUUCAUUCACCCCAAGGGCAAUGACGCAGCCCCCAUUUCCGGUAAUGGCGUUUUGAUUGAACUUGUCCAAGCGCCCGAUAGAGUCAUCCAUGCCAUUCAAGACUACGGCGAAUCGUCUUAAAAUGCCGGUGAAAACCGCUUCGACAUAUCUUAAGGAAAGACAACAAUGCUCA